UUUUAAAAAAUUUAAAUUUGUUUAAAUUAUGUAAAUAAUUAGUAAAUGGAGUUAGAUAAUAAAAAUCCUAUUUUAUACAAACAUUCAACGAAAUCCUGUAUCCCAAAUGAUCAAGACGAUGAUUGCUGUGAUGAUUCUUCUUAUAACUUGGUCCAUACAUCGGCAGAUGACACAACAAAUUUAUAUGGAGUGAAUAACAGCUCCGGAACCAAUAAUACAAGCCUAUUUCAACCUUCUAAUCAAUUUGAGUCAUUUGAUGAAGAGGAGAUAUUUGAUAUAAUUAGAACAAUCAAGGACCCAGAAUAUUCGUAUUCCUUGGAGGAUUUAAACGUGGUUUCUAAGGAUAACAUUUUCAUAGACGAAGAUACGUCUACCGUUUCGGUUUUCUUCUCGCCCACAGUUCCUCAUUGCACUCAAGCAUCCAUAAUCGGACUCAUGAUCUUUGUAAAGCUGUACCAAAGUUUACCGCCAUAUUUUAAAAUCGACGUACAAAUAUCUAAAGGAACACAUAACACUGAAGAAACGAUAAAUAAACAGCUGUUGGACAAGGAAAGGGUAUCAGCUGCUUUAGAAUAUCCUCCAAUAUUAAAGAUGAUCAACAAAGGAAUAUAUCACACAGAUCAAGAUUACAGUAUGUUUGAACAAUCUUGGUAAAGGGGUUCAUACAACCACAAUAUUCCAUUAACUCACUUAAAUUAUAUUAUGUUUUUUAACCUUGUAAUAUUAUUAUCGCUUUA